AUGGAGCAAGCUGCUACCGCAACCACCAACGAGACCAAAGGAGAGAAUGACGAGACUCCGAAGAAGGAAGACAACAAUACUAGUAAUGACAAACUAAAGCUCCCGGAAGAGAUCGUUCAGAAGAUAGCCGAUUUUGUCGACUCGAAGCCCGACAAGGUGUACGUGGUGACGUCGCUGGGCGUAAUGGCGGGAGACGCCGGUGGUAGUGUGUGCGGGGUCUACAACUCAAAAGAGGCCGCCUAUCGGGGGGCCGUUUCCACCAUUCGAGAAGAAUUCGAGGGGAGCUGGGAACAACUCCAAGAAGGAUUCGAGAUUACCCAGGACAAGGUCCUGUUCUACGGUGGAAACCGGUACGAUGGGUAUUGGGUCAAGGUGGAAUGCAAAACCCUUCGUCGCAAAGCCGUCAAGAAGUCGCCCAAGGAAUCGGCCGACCGCAAGAGCAUCCUUUCCUUUACCUCAAUGGGUCGUGGAGGCGACGACAACAACAAGGAGGACAGCGACGACGAAAAAUCGGUCCACAGCUACGACAACGACAACGACUCUGACGGAUGGGACCCCGUUAAGUUGGGAAUCAUAAAGUCUCGGACCCGGUUCAACGACGACUCAGAUGACGACGACUCAGAGGAUGACGACAAUACUUCCAAGAAAAAGGGCACCAACAGAAAACCGUGGCUUGUGGACGAUGACUCCAUGGACGACGAUGAAGAUGACGACAAUGCAGAAACUUCCGCAAAAGGAAACGUCGAUCCAGCAGUGACAACGGAGGAGGUGCCUGAUGCAGAAGAAGAAGACAAGCGACCCGAAUGGUAUCACCAUCUCAUGUCGUACGCGUACGAGCUCGACGAGGAACUCGAAAGCAUUGGCCGUCAUGUGGACGAGUACGGACCCAGGGAACGACUAAAAUUGCCACAGGACGGGAGCAAGUACGUUCCCGUGCGAUGGGUUGAGGAACGAGUUUACUCGCGGUAUAUGAAAAAGGAACGGAAACUGCGCCAACGACUCAAGCGGUCCGUGGCCUCUGACUACUUUAGUGGCAAGUUGGACGACGACGGCGAUCCGAGCAAACCAGACGACUCGGACGGUGACGGCAUGGAAUGUUUUAUCGACUCGGACGAGGAUGACGAGCAGACGCCAGAGAAGGAACCCCCGAUCUGUUUCUUGGAGGAAAACCCCCGCCACUACAAUGGUGUCGGCGUCGGCGAUGGUGACAACAAUGGCGAUGGUUCAGAGGACGACACAGUGAAGCGGGAGCUCGAGCGGCAGAGGAACCACAAAGAUCCGGCCGUGUUUGCGUUUUUGGGUUUGGCGCUCAACCAAAUGACCCAGGAGAUUUACGACCGAGUUUGGUGCUGGUACCAAGACGACGAGAAUCUGGUGCGUUCGCACUUCUUGACCGACAAAUUCGUCAACCUCAAUAUCAUUUCGGAGUCUCUGCGAGAGCAUCCCCUCGGUAGCCAUGGGGACGACGAGGAGGAUCCAGAUGGCCUGGUUCCAUACAGCAUCCUCGCCCACAUCCGAAAGGAAGCCACGACGACGGAUCCUCUCCAACUGCGCCCCCGCGAGGAUGAUUGA